UCAACGCGAAUUUAAGCUCCCAGUCGGCUUGUUGUCAGUUUUGGAUUCACUCGCAGUAGAUAAACAAAUGAAAUUAAAGUUUGUGAUUUUUGGGACAAAUUAUUACUGCUGCAAUAUUGCCUGAGCUGGACAACUGUACAGUGCAAUGGAAACCGCGCGGCGCUUGCGACGAGGUUCAAGAAAAACAAAAAAAGAGCUCUCCUUUGAGUUAGUCGACAUCAAAACCGAACCGGACGAAGCGAGCAGUGAUGAGUUAUACGGUUCUGCCGAAGCAAGCAGCAGUGCGAGAAAAGUCAAGAAACGUUACACUAGGACGCGUGCCGUGCAGGUGAAAUCGGAGGAUAUCGACGACUUUGCAGUUACGAGGGUAAACGUACCAUCGAUUUGUGGCGAAAACGAACCAAUAGACCCCGUUUACGGCGAGACCAUUGUCCCGCAAUGUCGAUUCUGUUUGCGAAGAGUGUCACGGGGCAACUUGAAAAUAAUUCUAACUAAACAUAAGUCAAAAGCGCUGGCAGCGCUAAGAAUCAAAAUCUUCCCUGGGGAUGCGUAUCCGCUGGCAUGCUGUAACUGCCUUAACCUGUUGGAUAUUAUCUUAGAUUUCAAGGAAGCCGUAACGAAAGCGAAAAAUUUACUGCUGGGAGAGAGAACAUUUCUGGAAAGCGACGGAUGGGAUGAUUCUGAUUGCGUGGAAGCUAUCGCUAAAUGUAGAACCGUGGUAGAGCAGCACAAGAAUCAGAUUGAUUGUACCUAUCAGGAGUUUUCGAAGCGACGAAAUGAAAGUGAUUUGAAGGUGGACAAUAGUGGACAAUUGCAAGCUACUGUUACACACUUGAUCGAUGACGUUCAUCAGGUAAUUUCCACCGUUAUGGAAGCAGAGGAGUCGAGCGGAUGCACGGAUUCAGUAAAAACUGAAGUUUAUCUAGAAGAACCUAGCAUUAAACUCGUCAGUGUUUGCGAGCCACAGCCAGAAACUGUAGCGGGUUUUGUUGGUGAUGGUGAUCAAACUUCAAACUAUUCUCCGUCGUCCAAUUCAGACGACGAAGACUAUAUAACUCGAAGGAAAUCUGACAAAACUAGACGAACAAAAGACGAGUUCGAAGAAGAGGUGAAACCUGCAAGAAAAAUGAAAAAGACAAAAAACAGCGAGGCUAAUCAUCCGAAAGCAACGAGAGCGAAAAAGUUUUCUAAGGAAAAAGCGACAUCAUCAUCCAAUAAAGAACAUGAUCCCCGUCAGGAGUUGUGCGAUUUAUGUGGCCAGCGGGUAUGUCCACAAGCGGCGGAGUCGCACAAAAAUCGCCACUUAGGCAUCAAACCGUACUCGUGCCCUGCGGAAGGAUGCGAGCUGACUUUCUACAGCAGGGUCAACCAGAUAUCGCAUGUGAAAAGAAUUCACAGUGAAAACGGUGUGCCAACGUACAAAUGUGAUAUAUGUGGCCGGAACAUCCGGGGCGCUAUAAAGGUGAUCAACUAUCACAAGCGCAAGCAUAUGCACACCAAGUCGCACAUUUGUCAGUUCUGCGGAAAAGGUUUCACGAUGCGUCAGUACUUGAAGCAACAUGUCACCGUCGUACAUACCGAAGUGUUUCCGCACGAGUGCAAAUAUUGUGGCAAAAAAUUCAAACUUAAAUGGAGCAUGUUAGCCCACGAGAAAAAUGUUCACGAGAAAAAAAGCCAGGCGAUCGUUACAGUAGAACAGCAAAUGCCUCCAUGCGAUGUGCCACCGAGCGUUGGAUUUGACUAUGUCUAAUGUGCCGUUUAACGAUGCUGGACGAUAGAACGAAUUGUGCAGACUAUUGAACUACUUUUACCCGUUGUUCUCCAAUUGCUGAAAUGCAGUACUACGUCAUGGCGAGGUUCGGUAUAAAAGUUAUCAAAUAACAAAAAACGUUUUUGAUUGUAUUUCGACCGCACUUACAAAACUGUGUUAUUUUUCAAGCUCGAAUAUUCGCUCUUUUUGAGCCGAAUAUGACCCGGAGAAAUUAAAUCGCCAUGUAUUGAAAAUAAAACUGUGCUCAUAAAUCGCUCUAAAUUACAACGUGCUGACUGAAAUUUGAAUAAAAACUUAUGGCAGUAAUCAUGGA